CUACUAACUCUUGAAGAAUCUUCGACUGUGAUUGGUCAAUUUUUAUAGCUUGUGGCUUACGCACUAACAAAAUAUGUGUAUGCUCGUUUCGCGUUUGCGAAAGAUCAAUUCCCGGAUCAAGAAUCAGCUUUGUAUUCGGCACAUUCUCUAAUAUGCGAAAUAGUUGAAACCGUAUUAUAAAAGAUUUGUCAGAAAUUACAAUAUCGGACAAUUGUGUUUUCUGACGCGUCAAAAAUAGGGGCGCCAGGAACUCGCAAAUAGAAGAAAAAAGAAGGAGGAGUGGUGCGGACGUGUUCGAGUGGUGUCUGGCAGUUUUUUAGUGUUAGAAACCCUCGGAAUAGGCUACAAAACAUAUCGAACAGAUAAUUUAGACAGUAAAGGAGGAAUAGCUAUGGUGAUACACAAUAGACUAGAAUUCGAUAUUUUAAAGUGCCAGAAGGAUACACAUGAAUCGGUGGAAAGGUUGGACAUUACGAUAAAGAAUUUUUCAGAAAAAGUCAACAUAGUCGCGGUAUACAGGAGACCAGGUAUUAGGUUGAGCAAAUCCACAUGGCGAAAGAUAUUCACAAACAACGAAAAUACAUACAAAACAUAUUAUGUCGGAGACUUCAAUGCACAUAAUACUAUCUGGAACUGCGGAGAUACAGAUAGAAAUGGUGAAAACAUGUGUGAGAUAAUGUGUGAGAGGGAUUUGGUAUGUUAUAAUGAAGAUACAAAAUCCAGAAUGGGUAUGGUAGACCAAACGUCUAACAAUUUAGAUUUAAUACUAGGACCAAUCGAGGAUCUGGAUAAUAUAAGGACAUAUCAGUUACAGGACUCCUGGGACUCAGAUUACUACCCAAUUAUAAUGGACUAUGAGAUCACUAACUACAUUAAAAAGACGAAUAGAAUCUCAUCUAGUAAGACAAAAUGAGGGAUGAGUAUAGUAGAAAGGUUACCGAAAUCUGGGAAAAAACAAGGAAAGCAUUAAAUUUGGAUUCAGGAGAUAAAGACACACGGAUAAGAUAUAAUCUGCUAUGUGAAAGUAUGAAAAUGGCCAUAGAAGAGAUCACCCCGAGGAGAAGAGGUAACAAGAAAGAAAAUGAAAAUAAUAAGAUAAAUAAUAAAAGAUCAAUCCCAGUUAAAUGGUGGGACGAAGAAUGCGAAGAAGUGAUUAGAAAUAGGAAAAAGCACAAAAGAAAUUUGUUAGAAAAGGAACGAUGCAUGCAUAUAUAGAAUACAAGAGGUGCAGAGCCAUAGCGAGAAAA